GAAGAUGAAAAGCCACGAAUUCAUUCAUCACUGGAUUCUGUUGAUUUAAAUGAUAAUCCACUUUUUAUCGUUUAUCUUACACAUGGCAUUCUCCUUUUCCCCAUCACGUGAAAGAGGCCAAGAAGUAUAAUUUCAAAAACGAAUAGGAAAUCCACCUCGAUGGGCAGCGAUCGAUAAUAUCAAGAAAUCUGCACGAGCUUCUUGUCCGAAUUUACGACUUUGAUUUGGACGCUGACAUACCGGACGAGCGUUUCCCUCCAUUCAAAAACAAUGCGGUUGAUUCAAGCUGCGGAAGCCGCUGUAGUCGAUGGGGUUAUCACUUGUCUAUGCGUAGACGCCGAUUUAUUUGCCCAAGACAGGUUCGGAGAGACAGCACUACAUUAUGCUGCUGAGAAUGGCCACUUUGAAGUAUUAAAUUACUCGUCGAGGCUGGCUCUGAUAUCCAUCGCAGAGACAAUACGCAGAGAACACCACUCGAUUGUGCAAAGAUGUGCGAAAGAUGCCGUUUUACCGAGGUCAUACAAUUCCUAGAGGACCCAAAGGUUGUCUCCACCCAACGACUCAUCAAGGGAAGGGCGAGGCUCUGGAUUGACUCUUUGUCAAUAGACCAGGAAAAUAUCUCAGAACGCAACAACCGGGUAGCAUUGAUGUCGCGGAUAUAUCACCAAGCAACAUAGGCUCUUGUAUGGCUUGGCCCUCAAUAUAGACAUGCCAUGCUCGCAAAAUAUGUUUUGUGUGAUUUCAAGGAGAGGGUGUUUUGCUGUGGCGGGAGUGAAGCCUGCAUUCUAGUUGAUAUUCGAACGUGAACAGCCGUCGAAUCUCCUGAGACAAAACAUUUCUUGGCGUACAUGAGGAAAUCAACAGGCAUCCAGCCAGUCUCUACAUGAGGGAACAAACUGAGCCCUCUAGCAUUAGCCACAAUAGUCUGGUCCUUCAAGGAUUUAAAGUUUCUGCUUUGUUUGCUAUUUCAAAGCCCAUUGCAGACAUCGCUCACAACUAUAUGCUUUCCACUGAAGAGAU